AUGUUAGCGUUAACAAAAAAGUUGAGGGAAAAGAUAUUUGGGCCCAAUCCUAAUGAAAAUAUAACAGAUUUGGUAGAACCGUUGUUACAUCUGCUGGAAACGGGAAAUGAUGGUGAUGAAUCCCCCGUAUUUUUGGACAAAGUUUACGCUAGCUUUAAUGAAUUUAAUGAACAACAUCGUCUGUUAAGUAGAAGUAAAAGUUAUGAAGUUGAUCUACGAAUGAUUAUUGGUAGUACUAUUGAUAAUAUUGAAAAUAAAAAAUUUAUGAACUGUCCUGAUGUUUAUUUUUAUUUAUAUCGUAAAAUAGAUGAAUAUUCUAAUUCAUACCAUAUCUCGACAGUUUCGAACGAAACCAAGAAAUUCAAAUCGACAUUGUUGCUUUAUAUACAUAAAACGUUUAAAUCAAGUCUAGGAUCAGCACCAGAUUUAACGACAACUAAUGCAGUAAUAAUUCAGCAAAUGAAAAUAAGUCAAUUUCUACCACAGAUGUCCUUAGCAUUUGCAGAUCAAAAUUGGAAUGAAACAGUCGAAUUAUAUCUAGCUUUAUGUAAACUGACGUUUCAAGCAGCUACUUUGACGAACGAUAAAUCAUUAACUUGGACAGAUUUAAUUAAAAUGCCUCGUCAGAAUACUGUUCCAGGCUCAAAAAUUAUUAACAGUUACUUAACCUUUACAGAGGCCUUUGAGCAAUAUUCACUCGAUAUUCCAGCCUUCAUUCAUUUAAUGACAGUUACUAAGAAACCCACUUUUUUAGCAAACAUUUUACAUUACGCCAGGAAACUUGGUUAUUUUAAUCAAAUGGAAUUUUAUAAACAGUACCUUCCGUUAUUUAAGCGAGACGCACACAAGUAUAAUAUAGCUGAAAUAGCCGACUUUUUAAAUUUGUUAGCCGAUAAUCAAACUUUAAAUGAACCUUUCCAAUAUUAUUGUGACGCAUAUUUCGAAAACUUACGAAUAAUUGCAGAUGGCUGGAAUGUAUUUAUUACAUUGUGUAAAGUGGCUCUGAAUGAUUUUGUUCGAAAACAUCUACUUCACGAUGUUAUGAAAAGUAUUGAGAAUACGUCAAUUAACGAAUUUAACAGUUUGAUGAAAUCUGCAAUUAAUGAAUCAAAAAUAUUUACUGAACAAUAUCGGAUAAUAUUUAUUUCCAUUUUAGAAAAUAUUUUCCAUUUAUACAUAGAAAUGCUCGCAAAGCAUUCGUUGAUUAAAGAUGAUUAUGAUCUUAAACAACUAUUGAAUACAGCUUAUGAGUUAUCGUUAUUAAAUCCUAAACCCUCAUAUGAACAGUAUAAACUAUUACUUAUUGAAUAUCUAAUGAAGUUAUCAUGUAUCAAUAUAAAUGAUUCUAUGCAAAACUUAAAAUAUUUGUUGACAGGUUUUUUCGAUCUCAAUAAACAGAUAUUAGACGAAAAUGAUACUAUAUCAACAAUUAUCAAAGAUGAAUGGCUUUCAAAUUCUGUACCAUCUGUACUUGCUUGGACAGAAAGAUCCAGCUAUUUUUAUAGUGAACUAAUACAGCAAAAGAAUUCUUUUAUUCUUUCUUUAUGGAAACGUACUAUUAAACUUAGUUUAACGAAAUUGCAAAUUAUUGAUUGUAAUAAAGUGUUAGAAGCGUUUAGUCAUUGGAUUAAAGUUAAUCACACCAAUACACACGUGCUAAAUGAUACUUUAAUAAUCAUAUUAAUUACUGAUGUCUUUAGUGCAACUAUUCCCCAUCUCGAUCUUAUUAAUCUUCCAAAUAUUGAUCAUCUCAUUCAAUACAAUACUUUACAUUUAUCACAAUCUCAAACAAAUUACCGAGAAAUUGAUACGACAACUGUAACUGGAUUUGUUCGAGAAGCUCGCCAGUUAAUUCAGAAAAUUAUAUCCCUUAGAGCAAAAUGUUCCAUUUACAUAAAACUUUAUUAUUCACCAAGUAGUGCAGAUCGUUUGUAUUUGUUAGCCAAUGGCAUCCAGUUGUCUCAAAUUAAGUUCCUAGAUAGUGAAGAACGUAAAUUUCCAACCAUCAUUCCAGUAAUUGAUGAGAUAAUGAUGCCUUUGCAAAAACCCAAAGAUAUCAGACUUCUUAAUGGUUUGGUUGAUUUUAUUGCACAAGCAUUUGAAUGGAUCCAAUGGUUUGAUGGUUUCAUCAGUACAUUUCAACCUAUUAUUGCGUGGUUAAAAAAUUAUAGAGUAGAUGAUAUGGAUACUCUAUUAAUCGAUCUGAAAGAAAUAGUAGAAAAUGAUAUGGAUUUAGUGUUUGUGAAAAACGUCGUUAAACAUCUUCUAGAUAAACUCAUGCCAUUAUCAAUUCAUUUACAACGUUUAUGUCGAUUGUUUAGCUGUUUAACAUCAUUCACAAUAAUUAAUCACGAUGCAAUUAGUCUAAAUCGAAAUGCUCAAGAAUUUAUCAAAGAAAUAAAACAGUCAUCACCAACAAGUACAUUUGAAGUUGGCACAAAAUCUUUUAAUGAAAAACUAAUUAAAAUCGAUGGCAGACAAUUGAUACAAUGGUCAUUAGCGUGUGAAAAUUGUCCUUGUCAUAUUCAAAUAUUUCAUACAAGUUCAACAGCAACAAAUAACUAUCACCGGAAAAUAUUAUUUGAAGAACAAAAUUUACAGAUUAAUUCUCAUAUACUAAAAGGAGAAUAUGAAACACAACGUGGAGGAAAUUUUAUAUUUCGAAUUAAUAAUCAAUUUGGAUUUCACUCAAUGAAACUAUGGUAUCGUGUACGUAUUACAAAUUUAUUACCGAGUACACUAUUUCUUAGUAUAUUUAAAAAUUGUUUUGGGGAGUAUCCUAAUGAACAACAACAAAUAACAACGAAACAUAUAGCUAGUUUAUUAACUAAAGAUGUAUUUAAAUUUAUUGAUCAAUUAUUAAUUGGUGAUGUGAGUCUGACUGAAAUGUUAAAUUUAAAAACAACAUUUUCUAAUCAUAGUAUUGAUGUAAAAAACGAAGUUACAAAAUUAUACUUGUCUCAAGGUGGUAAUAGCAAUAAGCUAAAACGACAAAUCGAAAAAAUAUGCAAAUGGUUACAAAUAUAUCAAUAUUUUAGUUUCGUAUCAACAAUUCUUGAUUGUAUAGAAAUAUUUAAAAUAAUUGAUGAUAAUAAUCACUCAAUCGCACAAUUAAAAAAUCUUAGUAAUAUUGAUAAUAAACGUUUAAAACAUAUAUCAGAGUCAAAUGAAACAUCAAAAUUUAUAUUCAGUGGACUAGAUAAUAGACAUUUACAACUAAUUAAAGUAACAUUAGAAUGUAAAUCUGUUGUACAAAUGUUUAAAAAUGCUGAAUUAUAUAGCAGAAAAGGACGCUUAAGAUUUCGUGAAUUACGUGAUAAUUUAACCACACAAUUUCAAUUACAAGAAAAAUUUAAUAUAAUAUUAAACGCUCUUAUUGUUACUUAUGCCGUAUGUGAACCAUUUGUUUUAAAAGCAAUAAAUAUUGAAGAAUUUUUUAAACGUCUAUUAAGUUUACAUAAUAUUGAUGAAGCAAUUAAUAAAUUACGAAUUGUUAAUGAAAAUAUACAAUUAGUUACUUUAUGGUUAGCAACCGAUGAAACAAGUACGUUAGAUAAUGCACUAAUAACAAUGGGACGUUUGUAUAAAAAUGGAAAAGUUGACAUCCAUUUAAGACAUUUAAUUAAUGAGAAAUCAUAUUUUGAAUUAAAUUAUUAUAUUGAAAAAAUCAGUAACAUUACAACAUUGUAUGACACUGAUACAUAUGAACAACAGAGCCUUGUGGAACGUCAGAAUAGUAAUGAAAUAGGAAAAAUUCAUUUUACAAUGUCACAGUCCGAUAUAAUUGAUCAUAAACGACAACUAACAUUUUGCAGUGUGGAUUUACAAAAUAUUUUAUAUAAAAAAUUGAUGCUUGAUGAACAACUGGAAAUAUUAAAAAUUAUUGAAAAUAUUUUUUCUUUAUUGAUUAAACUAGAGUCGGUAGGACAUCCACAUUAUCAAAUGAAAGUAAUAUCUUACGAUAUUGGUGAUAAAAAUGGUGAUUUAUCUUCAAUAAUGAAAAAAGAAAAUGAACAACAGCAAUUGAAUACAUCCGAUAUAAAUCAAGUGCAAACAUGUUUAAAAGAUUGGAUAGAUAGUUUAAGAACUCAAUUAAAAACUUUAGAAAUAACACUAAAUAAUUGGUUACAUUCACUUCAACGUUGUCGUCAAAAAUACCCAACUCUGAAAUUGUUUACAAAUAGACAAAUAAUGAUUAUGUUAAUAUUAUUAUCAUCAUCAUCAUCAAAUACAGAGUUAAAAGCAAUAUUUUUGAAUCGACUGUAUGACAAUUACGUCUUAAACAAUCAACAAAGUGGUGAUGAUGAAGAACAACAACAAGAACUAUUAACUACCGAUUGUAUGAAGCAUUAUCUGCGAAUGAUUGAAACGCACAGAUAUCAGACUGUUAGUGAUGAUUUAUUUGAAAGAUAUGUGGAAGAAUAUUCCAUUGAGUUAAAUGGUGAUAUUGAACAAGCAUUAGAUAAACUGUGUCAGUUUUUGAAUGAAGUAACAACAUCACCAAAUGCUAGAUUACAUAACACAUUGAAACUGAAUAGUAAACGAAUUACUACUUCAGCAAUGACAACAACUACAACAAAUACUAAUGUAAAUGAAAAUCAACAAUACUUGAUUUCAUUAGAUUCUCAUAUUAAAAUAUCACCAGGAUUAUUACAACAAAACAAUGAUACAGACACUGAUAGAUGGUGUAAACUGUUAAAUAUAUUCAAUAAACAAUUACCAUUAUCAUAUCAAAUUCUAUGGGGUUCAGCUGCAACAGACAGUGAUAUCGCGUUAUUUUUUUCUAGAAUUCGAACAUACGUUCAUAUGAAAUUUGUUAUUAUUGAUAUUGAUAAAAUGGAUCAUCGUACACAUGAAAUACUUUUAAAUGAACAAGAUGAAUUAUCGAAACAAACAGAGCCACACGCUGAAGUAUUUUAUAUGUCAAAAGAGCUCAGCUGCCGAAAAGGUAUGAGACAAUGGACUAAUUUCCAAGCGAUCUAUCCAAAUUUAAUACGUUCACGAAUUAAUGAUAGUUAUCGUCAAAUGAAUACUACACGGCCACAGAUUAGAAUUUUAUUGGGCAAAGCCGGAACUGGGCUACUCGAAGGCACUGAGCGCCAGUCCUGGGGCUCCAUGGAAAUCAGAUAUCCCGUCCAAAUCACUCAAAAUCAAAGUCUUGCUUGGCUCCCAGUUUGA